UUCAUGUACAAAAUUUUAUUUUCAGGAAGACCUUUCUGCUAUUAUGACUUCUGAAAGAAAUGAGGUGCAGAAGUUAUUCUGGAAAUUGCUUGUAUGGAUUCAUGAUGAUGUCACUGACAUGGAAUCAAUCAAGGUUCUGCUGAGUGACAUAAUGAAGAGUACAAAUGAAGACAUACAAACAUCAAAAUAUAUGACACUUCUGAAUAUUCUUUCAUCUACUGUAUGCUGGGUGUAACAUAAUCAUAGCAGUAGCAAUAUUGUGGUGACUCAAGUAUAUGCACUGAUCUGGACAACUGUCAGGAAAUUUUGUUCAUGCAUCCACAGCUUGGCUUUACAGAAGAUGUUGUUAAUAUUUUAAUAUCUGUAACAGAUAUACAGGGUCUUAAGAUCAUAAAGAUGUUGUCUAAACACCAAAAGUUUGAAAGUGUAUCCAGAGAACUAUUUGAGCAGAAGAUUAAGCCCAUUUUAUUGCAGUACAUUAAAGCAGAUUUGAAGAGAAGCAAGUUAACUCUACAGUGCCUUUUACGACACUCUGUAGAUGAGGCCUCCGUGUGUGAACAUCUGAUGCAGACGAUUCUGCAGCUGAAGGAAGAAGACUACAUUAAAUACUUGAAGUUAAUUGGCACCAUGUGUGCAGAAAUUCCAGCAAAUAUAGACUUACUAAAUGGUUUAAUUACAUUAAAGGAGGUAAAGAAAAUAAUUUUGGCUCCUGUGAUAAGUGAGAAGCCAGUAGGGGUGUGGUGCAAUAAGAGUGCUCUAGAUCUUCAGACGCUAAGAAAGAUCAUUGCCAUAAAAUCAUUUGUUAACUGUUUAUUGGCAAAGUUAUCACAAGAUGAUAUUGAAGAAUUUUAUGUACUGCUGUCAUCAGUUGCUGCUGGGAAGUUAACUAUUGAAGGCUUAAAGCCAAGUUUAACAGAAAUGUCGUGGCUGCGUCUCACUUCUGGCUGUUCUAUAUUGAAACUAUGUAGCAGUAAAUUCUUCUGGCAGAAACUAAAACUGAAGCAGUUUAAGUCUCUCACAACACUAUUAUAUGAUGUGGACGAGUAUGUCACAAAGGCAUUUUUGGCAAAAUUGUCAUUAUUUCUCUCAAAUAACAGAUGCCCAGUGGAUUUUUUUUCACUGUAUGCUUUCAUUGGUAUGAUUAUGCAGACUGAUCAGAGAAGAGACCUAAAUUCCUUAUUUUCUAAUACAGUAAAUGCACAAUGGCAAUACAUUCGAAGACAAUACAAAAUUCAUGAAGACCAUUUUUCCUUUGAAGUUUUUAUUAACAAACAUAAAGAUAUAUUACCUGACAGUAGCAUUGUUGCAUUGGUGUGCCUGUUAGCUUCAUCCUGGAAGGUAGAACGAAAUCUAGUGAGAAAAUGUCUGGAAUUCUUCUUCUCUGUAAUGCUGCAGCACCAAUUUGCUGAUAUAAGGCUGCAAAAGGAAUACUAUCUAGAGUUGUUUGAAGCAAUGUGCAAAAGCAGAGUUUUGGAUAUUUCAGAUAAAAAAUGUAACAAGUUUAAUGCUAAUGUUAGGUCUAUCCGACAAAUGGCUGAGGUAUUAAUUGGAAAAAUGUAGCUGAAAGGAUCUGAGACAUACCAAGUAGUGCCAGAUUUUCCGAGAAGGUACUUCCAUUUAGAACAGGUACUGGCUGGCGGUUCUACAUCAUCAUUAUGUCAGUCCAUGCAACCAAGUGACUCGUGGAAGGUGACAAAUGUCACAGCAUGUGAUGUCAGCAGUUUUAGAAUUUUCCAAGGAGUGGUGCACCAAGAUGCACAGCCCAUUGUGAUGACCACCACUGGGAGAGCUUGCUGAGCAGUUGUUCCAUCUUCCCUUCAAAGCAGCCUGGUGGGCACUUCCUCAUAAAUACAAUCACUUUCGUUGGAGCAGCAGUGUGAAUCUUUGAAUCUAUGUAGCAUAUUUAUAGUGCCAAUGAUGUUUACAAAAAGCAGAGUACUUGCAAAUGCAGUGGAAGUGUUUUAGAAAUGUGCAACACAAAAUGUGGAUAUUUGUAUAUGCCAAAUUUUGAGGUAUUUAUAUACUGAUGUAAUUGGACCUGUGCACUUCAUGCCAGCAAUGUUAUG